AUGGGAAUGGCUAAACCACCUUUAAGCUAAAAAAAUAUUUAACUCUCUCAGCCAUCUUAUAAUUAAGUACCCUCUGUCUAACCUCCUUCUUCAUACCACAGUUAGAGAUCAUAAUCAGUCCAUAGAUAAGCCUAAUAAGUUAAUCAAAGUUAAAUUAAUGGCAACGGUAGACCUGAUUAUACAUCUCAGCAACCGAGAUCAUUCCAAAAUGUUUAUGAGAUGUCAAAAGCAACUGAUUCUCUUAUCAACUAAUAUUAGAGAAAUAAUCCAUCAAGAGAUUAAGGAUUCUCUGGAAAUUAAAUGAGUAACUUGAUCGAGAGGCAUAACUCAAGCGGGAUGAUAAAGGGUAGUUAUAAUAGUGAGAUUUCAUAAGUUGGAGGUAGUGGUUACAUUCGGCCCAGCUCUCAUAUAAGUAAUCCUUAGUAUGAUUAGAUAGGAAAUAGAGGUAUUACUCCAAACCAAGGAGUUUAAAAUCAAUACUAAUCAAAUCGUAGUUCGAACUAACCUGCUAAUUCUGAUAAUUCAAUCUAUAAGAAGCCUAUAAAUCAUAAGUAUGAAGACUUAAUUAUGCAUGAUUAAUAAAUUGGAGUAAAUGAGAGAAAUACAGCUCUUUAUACUAAAUUUGACAUGAAAAAUUUAGAUAUUAGGACUGAUGGUAGCCCAGUAUCUUACAAGCCAGAGUACCAUCCUAGCAAAGUCAGCUCUGAUAUUUUCCCUAAUUCUACCCCAAAUAUGAAAUAGUAGUCUCCAAUAAAGUCAAUUUUGAAAUAGCCCAUCUCGACCUAACCUUAUUUUGUGGAAUAGUCUUCUGUUCAGGUUAGUAAUUAAUAACUGGUAAAUUAAAGAGGCUAGAAAAUGAGAUUAGCUUAAGAAAAUCGUAGAAAAGCCAAAUAAGAUAUGCUUAGGAAGCAACGACUCAGGGACAUAUUAGUACAUGAACUUUGA